AUGGCGUCUGGUUCAUCAUCAUUGAGGGUUCAAGAGGUGGUUGAUGAUGAAAGGCCCCAUGUUUUAGCUGUCGAUGAUAGCCUUGUUGACCGCAAGCUUAUCGAGAGACUCCUCACCAGCUCUGCAUGUAAAGUUACUACUGCAGAGAAUGGACAAAGGGCUCUUGAGUUCCUCGGUUUAGAUGGCGGACAAAACAGAAACAACAGCAUGUCAAGAGUGAACUUGAUAAUUACAGACUACUGCAUGCCGGGGAUGUCAGGGUAUGAACUGCUCAAAAAAGUCAAGGAAUCAUCCAACUUGAGAGAGAUACCGGUCAUCGUGGUUUCAUCUGAGAAUGUUCCCACCCGGAUCAAGAAGUAA